AUGGAAGAUGUCAACUAUGUAAGUGGCUUAAAGUUUCUACAAGCAUUGUUUAUUAUAUUUAUAUCAAGUUUUAAAUUUUCAUCAUGUGAAAUCAAGAAUACACACAUUAUUGAUGAUUCUAGGCAAAUAAUAUUGAUAGAGAGAUUUGGUUUUGCACCUGAUGGACAUGUUACCAUUUCUCUAGAUCAUGUUUAUUGGAGAUCAGAUGAACCAGCUGCAAAACUAUAUCCUUCUUCCAUGGGAUUUUGCCUUGUUAGAGAUGUAUCAUUUCCGCGACUCUUGAAUGAGUCCAUUUAUACAGAGAACUUUUGUGUUUUAUCUAGUAAGUAUGUAAAUCUUGUCUUUAGAUUUGACAAGCUUGGCCCUGAUUCAUCCUACAACACAUCAACCACAAUCAACGAGCCUGAUGAGUAUAAUUUGAUAUUUGGCAAUUGUCAAAAGGAAUUUCUUGUGACUAUGAAUGUGCAUACUGAAAUAUACAAUGUGAAUGAUAAUGGAGAGAAAGAUUUUCUUCCUGCUGGUCAGACUUUACUACCUAAAUUAUAUUUCCUUUUAUUCAUUGUAUAUUUUGUAUUUUCGGGUAUAUGGGGAUUUAUUUGUGUUAAACAGAGGAAAAAUAUUCACAAGAUUCAUUUGAUCAUGGCUAUGUUGUUGGUUUUCAAGGCGUUGAAGUUGAUAUGUGCUGCAGAAGACAAGAUGUACAUUAGAAAUACAGGGAAGGCUCAUGGUUGGGAUGUGGCAUUUUAUAUUUUUGGAUUUUUGAAAGGUGUAACACUUUUCACUGUCAUAGUUCUUAUUGGAACUGGUUGGUCAUUCUUGAAACCUUUCCUUCAUGACCGCGAAAAAAAGGUUUUAAUGUUUGUGAUCCCUUUACAAGUGAUCGAAAAUAUAGCUGCGAUUGUGAUAAGUGAAGGUGGACCUGUUGAGAAGCAUUGGUUAGUAUGGAAUGAGUUGUUUUUGUUAAUAGAUGUUAUGUGUUGUUGUAUUGUACUAGUCCCAAUUCUAUGGUCUAUUAAAAGCCUUAGGUUGGCAUCAAAGAAUGAUGGAAAAGCAGCUGAAAAUCUCAAGAAGUUAACACUUUUUAGGCAUUUUUAUGUUGUCUUGAUUGUGUUCUUGUAUUUCACUAGAUUUGGAAUUGCUAUGAUUGAAAGUGUAGUAACUUAUAUGCAUGAAUGGGUUACUAUUGUUGCUGCUGAAGGUGCAAGCUUGAUGUUCUAUAUGUUUAUAUUCUAUAAUUUUAAGCCAAUUGGGAAAAAUCCAUAUUUGGCUAUUCACAAAGAUGACGAUGAUGAAGAAGGAGAAGAAGAAGAUGAAGAUGAAGAUGAAGAUGAAGACGAAGAUGAAGAUGACGAUGAUGAGGAGGAGGAGGAGGAGAUUGCAUAA